AUGUCCUUUCCGUGGGGCGGUCCACGAUGGGCUCAGACCCGGCUGGGGCGACUCUUGGGGCAUCACUAUGCCUUCGUGGUCACCCGCUGGGGCUUUGGGAAGUCCAUGGCCACCAUCUUGGCGCGUGCAGGCUCUCAGAAGCUGGCGCUGGGCGCCGUGGCCACCGGUGCCACCGGACUGACGAUCCAUCACAACACCAAGGAGAGGCAUUUCGGAAGCGACGUGCUGUCCUCCGAGCAAGAAGUGGAAUGGCUCAAUACAGCCAUCAAGCCCAUCUGGGAUCACCUGGAUGCUGGCGUUCGAAAGAUCAUCGAAGACGAGAUCCGCCCGGCGCUGCAGCAGCGCCUGGGCAAACGUCUCGGCAGCUACUUGCAGUUUACGCAGCUGACUUUGGGCAGUGCCUCCCCUCGUUUCGGUCCAGUGCGGGUAAGCCGUUCCGACCAUGGGCUGGAGAUCAACGCUGGCUUCAGCUUUGAAGGAAACGGAAUGUUGGAAUUCUCCGCCGGUGUCGCAUCCGUGCAAGUUUGCAACAUCACGGUGCAAGGCAGUCUUCGUUUGGGCUUGCAGCCCUUGUUGGAGUCGUUGAACCCGGUGGGUGGCGUCUCAGUGACCUGUUUGGAACGACCCAUGAUCGACCUCACGAUCAAGACAGGCACUGAGCUGAUCCCCAACCUCUACAACUUUGUACGGGACACCGUGGAUGACGUCAUUGCAGACCUCAUUGUGGUCCCCAAUAUGGUGGCAGUGCCAAUUGAUGAUUCGGUGGACGGCUGCUCCCUGCAGCAUCCGCUGCCGCUGGGCUUUCUUCGACUUUCCUUGGAAGGCAUCACUGCAGCUGGACCCUUGCCCAGCUCCGUCCACGUGGAGGUCGAGCUAGGCGUUCAACGCUGGCAGAGUGGCUUGGCCACAGUCUCCAGCUACUCGCGACAGGCGGAAUGGCUGGAGGGCAACGUGAAGGAGCUGGCGGUAUAUUCGCAAGAUCAGCUGCUGCGUUUCCGCGUCUUUUCCCACGGCUUCACGGACCGCGUCACCGGCCCCUCGCUGCUGAGCAGCGGUCAGGUCUUCGUGCGCGAUCUGAUGCCCGGGCAUGUGGAGGUACCAAUGACAGAUGCUCAAGAUCACGGCGAGGGAUCCGAGCAUGCUGAGAAUUCCUCCGUGGAACUCUUCUUAUCCUGGAUGCCUGUAGUGGAGCAACCUGCGUCCGCAGCAGAUGAGGACCUGCUAGCCACGGUGCAUUUGCAUCGCGUGGAGGGUCUCAACGGUGGUCAGCAUCGCAUGCGGGUCACGCUGGCAGGUGACAGUUUUCAAAGCCCUGUGGGGUUGGCACCUCCCAUCCUGCAUGAGAUUGCUGACGAUCGGUUGUUGCUGCUGGCGAAAAAGCUCUGCGGCAAAGUAGCCUUGGUCGAUCUGGCUGAUGCCCUGAACAUCCCUGUGGAACACGCGCGGGAGUUUGCUUUGGAGCACGAGCGCCGGCGCAAGGCGGGAAGCCAGAAGUCCAGCGCUUCGGCAAGCUGGGACCAGCAGUGGUGUACCGUUGCCCGGCAAGCCGCGCGCACGCAAGCUGCGGGACGAGAGCCACACUUCGAUCAGGUGUGUCAUCUGAGAGCUGGAAAGGCGGAUGCCUUGCUGAUCGAACUCCUCGGUGAAGAUGGAAAGGUCACAGCUCAUAUGGAGAGGAGUAUGCAUGCCAUUGCUUCACAAGGAGGCAUUUGCGAGGGCCCCUUCCAUUUGCCGACUUCGGACGAUGCUCAUUGCACGCUGCAUGGCCGAGUGCAGCUGCGGCGCAUUGAGACUCCGCACAGGAGGCGGCACAAGAUCCACGACCAUUUUCUGAGUGAAAGCUCCUUUCACGACUUACGGCGCCGCUGCGAGAUGAGCCGCUUGGUUACGCGCGUCAAGAAAUCUCUGCAAGACUUGGGAGGGAACACCUUGGCCGCCGCCAUCGCUGGGUGUUGCCAGCCAGCUAUCUUCAACCCCAUGGAUUGCUUGCGAAUUCGGUGGCAGGUCUCCCGGGGCUCUGAGACCCAUUUCCUGAGCUUCACUCAACAGCUGCUGCGCAGCGAGGGGCUCUGGCGGGCCUUGUGGCGACCGGGGCUGCCGGUGAACAUGUGUGCCGUGGCGAUCUCUCAAGGCUUGCGAAUGGGGCUGUACCCCACAGCACGCGACACUUUGCAGCUCUUAUCUCCCAGCAAAAACUCCAAGAGUGGCGCGUCCAUGCUUGGAGCUGGCUUGGCAGCCGGGUCGGUGGCUUACUUCGUUGGUGCUCCAUUUUGGCUGGUGAAGACUCGUCUGCAGGCGGCUCAGCAGUUCAUCGCGGAGGGCCGCAAGACGCCCGCCGUGGCGUUCGCAGAAAUCUACCCCGAACGUUUUGGUGCAUCCUACUGGCAAGGUUGUAGCCCUUUGAUUGCUCGGGGUGCCUUACUGACCGCAGGGCAGAUGUUAGGUUACGAUGGAACAAAGACCAUUGCGCGGCAGUGUGGCUUCGCCGAUGCCCCCGCCGUGCACGUGACCGCAGCCACAGUGGCGGGCUUUUCCGCGGCCAGCCUCUCCGCACCGGCGGACACGGUGCUGACGCAGUACCAGAGCCGAGGGGGUCUGGGCCUUCUGCGCUGUGCUGAAGAGAUGUGGCAGGAACGAGGUGUGGCCGCCUUCUUCCGCGGCUGGACGGCCAACUUCCUUCGGCUAGCGCCGACCUUCACUGUCGGUAGCCUGAUCUAUGAGCAGUGCAGACUGCUGCUGGGACUGGGCUACAUGACUUGA